CGAUCGGUACUUUGGCGACGAAAGCCGAUCAGAGGCGCUCUCUUGUUAGAUAUCAUACCGAGGGAUGAGGCGUUUUAAGACAAUUGCAACGGCAAUGGUCGUCAUUAGCCCCGCGGAAGCCGUAUGAGUAACGUCAAUAAUGAGUCGAGUAGCAGUUGUCACGUUUGCGUUUUACUAUGCGUUGUGUUCGGUGUCUUGUCUCGCCGUCACAUUUGAGGAUUGUGGCUCAUCAUUGGGCAAAUUCACGGAAGUAUCAGUUUCGAAUUGUCAAUCAACUGAUGCCAGAUGUAUUUUAACACGCGGAACUUACGAAUCUAUAUCUAUUAAAUUUAUACCUAAUGAAGAUAUUUCACAAGUCAAUGUACGUAUAUUUGGCGUAUUACAUUCUGUUCCGAUACCUUUUCCAUUUGAUAAACCUGAUGUCUGCAAAGAUACCAACGAUGGAGUCGAUUGUCCUUUACAUAAGGAUCAAGAAUAUCAUUAUACAACCACGCUCUUUGUACAGAAGCAAUAUCCUGCGGUGAGUGUAGACAUUAAGUGGGAGUUUAUAACUAAGAAUGACGAUAAAAUAAUAUGUGUAGUAUUUCCCGCUAAAAUUAAAUAAUUCAGAGAAUGUUAUUUCUG